CUUCACUCCUCUUCACUUCACUUCUUCUUGUUUUGCUCUUGUUUUUUUUUUUCCUUCUUCCCUUUUAAUUUCUCCUUCCACUCCUUCUGCUGGUUAUCUACUCCAGCUUCAUUUCCUUCCCCUUUCUCCCCCCCCUGAAUUAUUGACCAAGUUGGGAGGUGGUCACAAUGAGCGGACUCAGAUUCCUUGAUCUUAUCAAGCCCUUUACGCCCCUCCUUCCGGAGGUGGCAGCCCCCGAAACCAAGGUGCCCUUCAACCAGAAGUUGAUGUGGACUGGGUUGACUCUUCUAAUUUUCUUGGUGAUGAGCCAAAUGCCCCUGUACGGCAUUGUCUCUUCCGACACAUCGGAUCCUCUGUACUGGCUGCGUAUGAUGUUGGCUAGUAACCGCGGAACCCUGAUGGAGUUGGGUAUCACCCCCAUCAUCUCCUCUGGAAUGGUCUUCCAGCUCCUUGCUGGUACCCACCUCAUUGACGUCAACCUGGAUCUCAAGACCGACCGUGAGCUCUACCAGACUGCCCAGAAGCUUUUCGCCAUUAUCCUUUCCUUUGGCCAGGCCUGUGUUUACGUUCUGACUGGUCUAUACGGCCAGCCUAGUGAUCUUGGUGCUGGUAUUUGCGUUCUGUUGAUCGUCCAACUCGUUGUUGCCGGUCUCGUUGUUAUCCUGCUCGAUGAGCUCCUCCAGAAGGGAUACGGCCUUGGCAGCGGUAUCUCCCUCUUUAUUGCGACCAACAUCUGCGAAUCUAUCGUCUGGAAGGCUUUCUCCCCCACUACAAUCAACACUGGCCGUGGUCCGGAAUUCGAGGGUGCCAUCAUCGCUCUCUUCCAUCUCCUGCUGACCUGGCCCGACAAGCAGCGCGCUCUGCGUGAGGCUUUCUACCGCCAGAACCUGCCCAACGUCAUGAACCUUCUAGCGACCCUCCUUGUCUUUGCCGCUGUUAUCUACCUCCAGGGUUUCCGUGUUGAGAUUCCUGUUAAGUCCUCGCGCCAGCGUGGCAUGCGUGGAUCUUACCCCGUUCGUCUGUUCUACACCUCCAACAUGCCCAUUAUGCUCCAGUCUGCCUUGUGCUCCAACAUCUUCCUUAUCAGCCAGAUGCUGUACUCUCGCUUCUCCGACAAUAUCUUGGUCAAGCUUCUCGGAGUCUGGGAGCCUCGUGAGGGAUCUGCCCAGCUCUACGCCUCCUCUGGCAUUGCCUACUACAUGUCCCCUCCUCUGAACUUCAAGGAGGCGCUUCUUGAUCCUAUCCAUACGGCUGUGUACAUCACAUUUAUGCUCGUUGCUUGCGCUCUUUUCUCCAAGACUUGGAUCGAGGUCUCCGGCUCCGCUCCUCGUGAUGUCGCUAAGCAGCUCAAGGACCAGGGUCUUGUCAUGGCUGGUCACCGUGAGCAGAGCAUGUACCGUGAGCUGAAGCGUGUUAUCCCCACUGCUGCCGCUUUCGGUGGUGCCUGCAUCGGAGCUCUCUCCGUUGCCUCUGACCUACUCGGUGCCCUGGGUAGCGGCACUGGUAUUCUCCUUGCUGUCACUAUUAUCUACGGCUACUUCGAAAUCGCAGCCCGUGAAGGCGAUAUCGGCGCUGGCCUGAAGGGCCUUGUCCCCGGUAACUAAGCCUGGCUUAGGUUUCAAUUUUCUUCUCUCUUUUUUUUUUUUUUUUCCCUUUGACGAGCAGCAUGAACAAGAAAGGUUAUGGGUUCUAUUUAUUCUGUCUUCCCUAAUCUUUCCGUUCAUUCCCAGGCGGUGUGCUGUUGUGGCUGGCUCAGGUAGUAUUGGAUGUGUUUUGCGUAAGAAAGAGAGUCAGUGUGUGUGUAUGGGUAAGGUAGUCAGUCAGUCCUACAUUAUCCGGGGGUGAUGUUUUUUUUUUUUUUUUUUUU